ACCUUACGUACGGCGGAACAGAGACGUGACGGCAAGACGUACAUAUCCGACCUGUCCUUGAAGCCACAACACAGGCAAGAUGGUUGCAUACUGGAGACAAGCCGGCAUUAGCUACAUUCGCUUCUCAGCGAUCUGCGCAAGCGCAGUCCGCUCUGCGCUGAAGCCCACGCUAAGGGAGGCAGCGCUGAAGGCCGCCGAGUCGACUGUCAAAGUCGUCAAACCCAAAGUCGCUGUAUAAUUAAAGACCAUGGUGUAGAUAGUUUGUGUUGCAGGCAUGGAAAUGGUCAGUCAUACCCAGGCCAGAUUCUCUGUUAUUGGAUGAAGAUGGAUGACAUCACGAUGAGGGCUUGAGGGUCCAGAAACCCCAACUGGAGGCGCCAUCCACCUGCUUUCAUUUGUAACUGAAGAAAAUGUAUUAAAUAUAUGGAAGUGGA